AGAAAAUUGGACUUCGAAGAAAAGCGUUCACCUCGAAAGGGGAGACAUUGUUCGACAAAAUGAGUAGUAAUCAAUACAAAAGAAUCAAAAGAUGCAAAAGUAUGCCAACGAUUGACGACGAAACAGUUGGAGAAGCCGUUAGAAAAACAAUAAUGAAAAAAGUGGCGACAAGGAUGAAUACUUCAAAACGGGAAUACAUGGGAAGAAGAAGUCUUGGUGUCGCAACGGUCUCUACGAAAAUUAAACGAAAAAAGAGCAAAACUGAACGAGAUCGUGAUAUGUACGAUGACAUGUAUGACGACGAAGGAUAUGCGGCUUCACCGACUUCCUCAUCUUCUUGCACAUAUCGAUGCAUUCCAAUUCUUGAGAGAAGUAACCGAAAUUCUCAGAAUUACCUUCCUUCAGCAGAAUCGAGUUCCAGUGAUAGUAAUGAUCGAGUUAUCAGUCAUCCCAAUCACCGACCAAUUCUUCUCUACAGUACCGCACUUUCCAUGGCUCCUCAACAAAAUCUUUCGGUUGAAUCGUUAUCAGACGCAUUGGAUGAGUUGGAAGGUGCGGAUCGAAGCAAACUUCACAUGGAAAUCACACAGUUUUUGAAAAAGGCUGAUGGUGAAAAGAGCAAACAAAUUCAAAUGUCACAGCGGUUGAUGAAUUGUCCUCAGUUUGGACAGACUAUGAGAUUGAUAGUUGAAGAAAGUGAACAUACAAGAUACACAUUUGAAAAUAUUCUUUGGCUCAUUCUAAAAUCAUAUUUUUCAACAACCUCUACAGGUCGUGAUGUGAUGAUCGGAAAAUCGGAAUGGAUUGCUGAAGAUGAGAAAAUUGUUAAAGCUCGAAAACAAUACAUGAUGGUUAUGGAUAUGAUUAAGGAAUUCAAGUUUGAAGUUGGAAAAAAUGAUAAAGAUGAUUCACCUUUCGAAUCGCUUAAUCGUCGAAUGGAAUUCAGUCCUGAUUACUGUGAAAAUCUACGUGAUGCGAGAAAACGAGUCAGUGAUGUACUUGAUAAAUAUGAGACUCUUGUUGAUUUAUUCCCAAAUCAAAAUGCAUUAUGGAAAGUGGUUGAAUUGGAUCGAGGAGAGGCUGAAAAAAAACUUCUUGAAGGAAGAAUGACAUCGAUGAGAGUUUGGCUCAAUACAUUAGAUGAUUUAACUGACAAGUUCAAAGCGCUCGGAGUUUUGUUUGAAAUUGAAACAAUGCCAGACGCCGAGGAAUGUUGGUUCCGCCCACUAGAUGAGAAUAACAAAAUAUUCGCAUUAGAAGACGUUCGUGCCGUAUUUCUGGAAUACGUUAAAAAUAGUCUAAAUCUGAAAGGAAUGAAGAAAGUUUUGUCUCGAGUCGAGAAAAUAAUCGAGCUAACAUUAGUGAAAACAGCGAUUCUGAUGCAGAAACCACCAACAUCAUAUGCAGCUGCAACAGCUUCAAAUGGGCCAUCAUUUCCUUUCAGUCAAACUAUGAAAGAUAGAUAUGGUGAUAUGAUUGAAUGGAGAUUUUGCAAUAGUACAUCGAUUUCUCUCAAUCUUCCUCCUCUCAAUAAUUUAUUCUUCUUUCUCGUCGCAGUUCCAAUGCAACUGGUUGUUCAUUGGCUUGAAAUUCGUGCAGCCACUGAACCACCAGACUCUUGUUUACUUGAUGAGCUCACAUUCGAUGCUAUGAUAACAGAUUCUAGAGAUUGUGUGGAAGAAGCUGUGCGAAUUAAAAAGAAUUACUUGACCAUUUUGCAAUCUAUGUGUUCAAAGUGUGCAAUGCCCGGAUUUCUGUAUCCACUUAAAUAUAAUACUUAUGUUUUAGAUGUUUUCAAGAAAUAUAUACAUUAUGUGAAAUGCUGGUCAAAUUGUGAUUCUGUUCGAAAAGAUCCACCUCUAUUGUUCUCACGAUUAGAAAUGGAAUGGUCGUCAGCUGUCCAAUGUGCAAAAUCAGUGAAGUCUGCUCUGGAAUUGUUGUGUACAACUUAUUGUGACAUCGUAGAAUCUCUUAUACGAGAAGUUGUGGAAGUAUAUGCAGAUGAUCAAAUUGAAGACAUUAAAAAUCGUUACGUGUAUAAUACAGAUUCUGAAAAUGAAGAUGAAGAGGAUGAUGAAGAUAUGAUCACAAUCGGAUCACCUAAGAAACCAUUGGUUGAGUUAAAGGCUAAACAUAGGUUCAUGCUAGAAUUGAACUCAUUAACUCGAGAAGUCAAGGAACGAGAACUUCGGAUCUUUUCCCUUCUGAGAAUUACUCUCAACGAUAGUCAUGAUGCAGUUGGUUACGAGCUUCGUUCAGGAGUCGAUCGAGCUCAAAUGUUUCAUGAAAUGGUUCCUGAUUUCUGCCUAAUCCAGCUCACAAUGGCUUCAGAUGAGCAAGGCGAUGUUAAUGAUGACGAUGAUCAUGUAAAUCUAAAGAUCGUGCUUUUCGUCUAUCGAACAUCGGUCGAUAAAGCUUACGUCGAGACAUGUAUGCUGGCAAUAUCUGAAGGAAGAAAAAUAGAUGAUGGAUGUAUUGUUAUUGUACCAGACAAAGAUCACAAACUGAGAAAGCACUGGAAAGGACGAGUUGUCAAGAUUGUGAUUGACGAGGAGACAAGAAUUUGUUAUAGGUGGCUGCGUGAUGAUAUUAUUUUGUGUUUGGCAAAUGGAAGUAUCCGCGCAGACAUGGAACAUAAAUACAAAAACUUCUUAAAAUGCAUUUCACCGGCGUGCUCGUCAAACUUCUUGAUCACAUCCAGAAUUCAACAACUUACGGAAGAAUCAUUGCUACCACAUUUGGACGAAGAAAGGAAGAGAAUUGGGAUUUUGCUUGAAAAAACCGAAAUUCGAUUAGAGCCAAAAGAAGAACAGUCAAAAGAAAAAAGUGCUCUCUCCAGUUUGGGAUUCAAACUCGAAAAACAUUUUCUCGUUGCUUUUCAAAUUCACCGUGACGUGGCAAAAGUAGUCAGCGACUCGUUUAUGGAUGGACUUGGAAAUGAAAUGGUCGAGAAAGCAUUGGCUUUGACAAGGCAAUGGAUGCAAUAUGUUGAAGUUAAAAGUACUAUUCCAUCACCAACUCUUCCGAUGUGGGCAUCACCUGGAUUCACAUUUCUUCAAUACAUCACUGAACCAAGAUGGAGUAAUCCAGAGAUUAUGACUAAUGAUCAAUUCCAAGAAUUUAAUGAUCUUGUCAAAUUAUUUGAAGCAAAGGUCAUAAAGUCAUCAUCCAACAUAGGAACUCCAGGCAACACAGGAACACCAAUGCAAAGAAACACACGAUCGACAAGUUCAAAAACGUCAUCAUCAUCGAUGGAAAAUCACAAAAGAACUAGAAAAGAGAAUCAAAUGUUGAAAUUACAAGAACUUGAAGAUAAGAGAAAUAGAAUUGAUUACGACAACCUGCAAAUCGGGAAAGUUAUUACAGACGAUAACAGAAGAAACUUUGUUCUUGCCACAGACAAAAAGAUUACUACAAAAGCUCCAUUUCAAUGGGCACUUCUUGAUCAUAUUGCAUCUGGAAGCUUUGGUUCUGUACAUCGUGCAAUGGAUAUUGAUUCUCAUCGUGUCAUUGCAGCAAAAGUCAUGCGAAUUCAACGCGAAAACCAUAAAGCAAUCGAAUCGGAAAUCAACAUUUUCCGUCAAUUAAUUCAUGAGAAUCUUGUCAAAUAUUAUGGUGUUCAAGUUGAAGACAGUGACGUCAUCAUAUUCAUGGAAUAUUGCUCACAGGGUACACUUGAACGAAUUUGUCACGGAAAAAUGGAUUUGAAAAUGGUUCGACAAUAUACGAAUAGCUUGUUGCGGGCUGUACAGUAUCUUCACUCUCAUAAAAUCAUUCAUCGUGAUAUAAAGCCAGCGAACAUAUUCCUCGAUAAGUGUACCGUACUCAAAUUAGGAGAUUUCGGAUGUUCUUCGCGACUUGUCGAGUCAAGUACAGUAUACGGAGAGUUUCAAACAACUGCCGGAACUCCUCAAUUCAUGGCACCAGAAAUUUAUUCAUAUGGGGAAAAGGAUGAAACAACUGGAAGCUAUAGUGGUUACGGUAGAAGUGUUGACAUUUGGGCACUUGGAGCUACCGUAGUCAAUAUGAUGACUGGAAAAGUUCCAUUCGAAGGACAAACUCGUCAUCAAAUAGCCUUCGCGCUUUGCUUCCGCAAGCAAAAACCAACUUAUCCUGAUAUUGCCGACAAAAGACCAGAUGUUAAACGAUUCUUCGAUAAUUGCUUUGAAUUUCUUCCAAAUGAUCGGCCUACAGCUGCGGAACUUCUUCAAACUACGUUUGCAAAUGUUAAUAUAACGGACGAAAAUCAUAUCCCGGACUAUCAAUCACAAUCUUCAAAGGACAAAUCGUCACCAAGCUCGUUUUUUCUAGUCUAGACGUUUUUGUAUACUGUAUUUUUUGUUAAUAAUAAAAAUAAUCUACCCGUAAUCUCAUCUUCGUGAUAAAAAUGUACCUCUACCUAACUGAAAUUCACUUUGUAUUUUUGUAUUAAAGUUAAUAAGAAUAAUUUAAAUUGCCAAUAAAUACUCAUUUUACAAAU